GGCCCUCCCUCCUCGUUUUGCCGGCCUCCCUCGCCACCUCGCCUCGCCUCGCCCUCUAUUUCGAAUCCCGCACAGCCGACGUCUAGCGGGGCGCGCCGCCGCUGCGACGGGGAGGGGGCUGUGACCCUAUCCCGCCGCGCCGCCUCCCCUUCCGGCCUGCCGCUCGCGGCACGCGCGUCGGGCGGGGCGUGACCGGGACGUUUUGCGGGGACGAGAUCUCACAGCCCACGCCUGCUGCGGCUGGGAUUGUGGAGGUUUGGAAGCGGCCGGUGCGUGCUGCAGCGGAGGAGGAGGAGGAGGGCCGCGGCCAUGGCGGGGUCGAGGUUCGGGUCGUUCAAGUCGGACAAGGGGGACUCGGCCGCGGCGGCCGCGGCGCCGCCCCAGAGGAAGGACCCGUAUGAGGUGCUCGGGGUGGCCCGCACCGCCACCGACCAGGAGAUCAAGAGCGCCUUCCGCCGCAUGGCGCUCAAGUACCAUCCGGAUAAGAAUGCUGAUGACCCUGUCGCAUCAGACAAGUUCCAGGAAGUCACCUUUUCUUACAGCAUUCUCUCGGAUCCCCAUAAAAGGCGGCAGUACGACACGUCAGGAUUCGAGGCCAUCGAAACUGAUAGCCAGGAAUUGGAGCUGGACCUAUCCAGUCUCAAUACCGUAAACACCAUGUUUGCAGCUAUUUUCAGCAAGCUUGGUGUACCAAUUAAGACAACUGUUUCAGCAACCGUUUUGGAGGAAGCAUUAAAUGGGUCUAUUGUGGUUUCCCAGCUCCAGCUAGGAAACUCUGUGCGCAAGAAGGUGGAAAAGCAAACAGCUCAUUUUUAUUCUAUAGACAUCACAGAACAAGAAGCUAAGAAGGGGCUAGUUUGCCGUGUGCAUUCAACUGAAAAAAGCAAAUUUAAGCUGCUUUAUUUUGAGCUCGAAGAAAAUGGUGGGUUGAGCCUUGCACUGCAGGAAGAUAGCGUAAAAUCCAGCAAAGUUUCUUCUGCAGGAAUGUACUUUCUUGGGUUCCCCGUGUAUCGUUUUGAGCAAAAUAACUCAGCACCAGCUGCGAAGGAUCCUGAUAGUGCAUUCUUUAAAAGGUUGGAUAGUUUCCAACCAUGUGACAUUAAUGAACUGAAACCAGGAACCCACUUUUUUGCCGUCUAUGGUGACAAUUUCUUCAAAAGUGCAACAUAUACUAUAGAGAUUGUCUGCGCUGAAUCUUUCCCUACUGAAAAGGAGAAGCUACAGAGUGUGGAGGCAAAGAUACUUACAAAAAGAGCUGAGCUGUCUAAAUUCGAGACAGAGUACCGUGAAGUCUUGGCAAAGUUCACUGAAAUGACUAGCAAAUACACACAAGAAAUGCAAAUGAUUGAUGAGCUUCUUAAUGAAAGGAAUGUAAUCCAUGCAUCCUAUACCAACAAUCCACCUCUAAAACGGACUUCGAGCAGGAAUAAAUCUAAAUCAUCACCUUCUUUCAAAUAUGAUGAAGAAAAAAACCAGAGGAAAGAAAAGAAAGUGAAGGAUCAGCACAUGGAAGCCUGCGGAAGCGAAGAUGACGACUCGAGUGAUAAGAAAACCAAAGAGCGGUUCCCAAGGAAGAGAUGGCUAAACAUUCCUUUCAAAGUUGACAGGAGAAAGCCAUGCUGACCAUAAUGGUAAGCUUACAAGUGAAAUACAAACUAUUUUCAUUUUGACUGCCCCAGAAGAACUCAUUCGCCAUUACCUUUUUCCUUAGUGUUGUCUAUUAUAUUUCCUGCAAAGAUUGGGUGCAACCCUGAGUUCAUAUGAUGUAUGGCUACGAGGCACGAGCACUCGUAGCUUCUAAGGGUGCUGCCACCGUAGUCCAGUUCCAUAUUCUUGAGUGUGAUAAUGUCAAUUUUGAUUUCAUUGGCUGUGUAAUCAGUUGUAAAUAUUAGUUAUCUCGUCUCUGUUGCACAUUAUCUCUUUCCCCGCUUUCGAAUCCUGAUGUGUAAUUAACUAAACACAAUAUUUCCCCCUCCAUGAAUUCA